CCUCCAUCUCGCAUUUGCACCCUCAUUUGACUCGGGGCACUCUCACGACGAUCUAUACCUCUUGGAUACACUCGGUUCCUGUCCUCAGGUCCAACCAUCAUGCUCUGCUCUCGAACGAAGGUCGUGAGCCGUCUGCGCGUCGCGCGAUGCCUGUCGACGCGGGCAUCGAACGUGCUUUCGCCGCUCGGAAUCCAGGGAGGGUCCGCGCUGUCCGGAUUAUAUGAUGGCUCGUGGCGCGGUUCUGGGGAGACGAUCGUGUCGAAGUGCCCGACCACGGGCGAGACGCUGGCGGAGGUUGUGACGCCUACCCCGGCUGAGUUCCACGAAGCGCUUGGGAAGACGAAUGAAGCGUCUGUGUUCUGGAGGGAUGUUCCUGCACCAAGACGCGGUGAGAUCUUGCGGCAGAUUCGGGAGGCUCUGGCGGCCAAGCGCGAUGCUCUCGGGCAGCUCGUAUCGUUGGAGAUGGGCAAGAUCAAGACUGAGGGCAUCGGGGAAGUACAGGAAUUUGUCGACAUCUGCGACUACGGUGUUGGUCUUUCCCGGAUGAUGAAUGGUCGGUACAUAGCGUCUGAGCGACCGGGGCACACCAUCCUCGAAGUGCCAAAUCCCCUCGGAGUUGUUGGCGUGCUGACAGCCUUCAACUUCCCUGUUGCCGUCUACGGCUGGAACCUGUCGCUCUCGCUCGUCGCCGGUAACGCCACAAUUUGGAAGCCUUCACCGACGACUCCGCUAUGUGCUAUCGCCACCACGAGGAUCGUCGCGGAUGUGCUAGAGAAGAAUGGCCUGCCAGGUGCAAUCGCCAGUCUUGCCGUUGGUGGUCAGGACGUCGGUGAGGCUAUUGUAGAGAGCGGUGAUGUUCCUCUCGUGUCGUUCACUGGCAGCGAACGUGUCGGACGCAUCGUUGGCAAGAAUGUGAUGUCUAGAUUCGGGAAGACCAUCCUAGAACUUGGUGGCAACAAUGCCUCCGUCGUCAUGGCGGACGCCGACCUCAACCUCGCCGUCCCUGCCGUGUUCUUCGGCGCGGUCGGGACCGCCGGGCAGCGUUGCACCUCCACGCGGCGCCUUUACGUGCAGCGCGGGAUUGCGAACGAGUUCAUCGAGCGCCUGGCGAAAGCAUACAAGUCCAUCAAGCCUGGUGACCCGCUCGUCGAUGGCACGCUCCUUGGCCCUCUGCACACCCAGAGUGCUGUGGCGACGUACGCUGACACGGUUGCGCAUCUGCGCUCCAUCAACGCGGAUGUUGUGUGCGGUGGGAGCAAGUACGCGGACGCGCCGUUCGAGGCGGGCAAUUUUGUGGAGCCCACGAUUGCCAUUCCGAGGUCGGUCGACACGAAGGACCGUAUUUGGGCGACGGAGACGUUCGCGCCCAUCCUGAACGUCGCCGUCUUCGACGAGUUGGACGAAGCCAUCCAGUGGAACAAUGCCGUUCCUCAGGGCCUUUCCUCGUCACUUUGGACCAGGGAUAUCCGUAAUGUCGGCCGCUGGAUUGGCCCGUCGGGUUCCGACGCGGGGAUCGUGAACGUCAAUGUGGGAACCAGCGGCGCGGAAAUCGGUGCUGCCUUCGGAGGGAACAAGAGCACUGGAUGGGGUCGUGAGUCUGGCGGUGACGCUUGGAAGCAGUACGUGCGCUGGAGCGCGUGCACUGUAAACUUCUCGGACGCUGCGCCACUAGCGCAAGGCGUGAACUUCUCUGCGUAAGGGCUAUGCGCGACCGCGUCGCUGCAUCGACGGUCGGGAAGCUAGCGCUUUCUGAGCGCGGUCGGAUGGGCCAACGAGCAACGCGUCGCUCCCGAGGUAGGUGUUCUACCCAAGUCCGCCUCGACUUGAAGCGUCGGAGCAGGAGGUACUGCUCGGCCACCUACGCAAACGGCGCGUCAUGCCAUGCCAGGCCCCGGAACAAUUGCGGCGGCAAACCAAGUUUACCGUACAUUGAGAAGACAGUAGCAAGUCGAGCACCUAAGCACAACUGUAACUAUAAAGAAUGAGAGCAGACACUCACAAUUGCCUGCCUGGACAGGCGUGCGCCGGGCGUUCGGGCAGACUGCCGCUGAUGUCCGCUGGAGCGCGA